CUCCUGCUCAUCCUUCUGGGUCCCAUCCUGCUGGCUGUACAUUGGGUCGCUACGGAAAGCCAAGAGCUGAACGAACGUGAGAAAGAGCCAUCCUAUUGGGAUGCUCAGGCAAGGGCAACACUGGAUGCUGCGCUGAAACUCCGCCCUCAGGAGCAUCAGGCCAAGAACAUCAUCCUGUUCCUCGGCGACGGGAUGGGUGUGUCCACAGUGUCUGCAGCCCGAAUUCUGCAAGGUCAGAUGGAGGGCAAGGCUGGGGAGGAGACGAUGCUGACCAUGGACACCUUUCCGUAUGUGGCCCUUUCUAAGACCUACAGUGUGGAUAAACAGGUAGCAGACAGUGCUAGCACAGCUACAGCCUACCAUUGUGGGGUGAAAGCCAACGCUAAAACAGUUGGACUCAGCGCUAACGCAGUGGCCUAUGAGUGCAACACCACCUUUGGUAACGAGGUCUACUCAGUACUACGACGUGCAAAAGCACAAGGAAAAUCAGUUGGUAUUGUAACCACCACUCGUGUCCAGCAUGCCUCACCAGCCGCUGCCUAUGCGCAUUCCGUCAGCCGGAGCUGGUACAGUGAUGCUGAUCUUCCUUAUAACGCAGUGCGUCAGGGCUGUGUUGACAUUGCCACCCAGCUGGUCACCAAUGUUGACAUUGAUGUGAUUUUGGGGGGAGGGAGGAUGUACAUGACCCCAAAAGGCACUCCAGACCCUGAGUACCCAACCUCCAACUCUCGCAAAGGGGAGCGCAAAGACAAGAGGAACCUCAUUGACGUGUGGCUGAAGGCUAAACCAAACAAGAAGUCACACUAUGUUUGGCACAGGAAGGAGUUUGAUGAGAUAAAUGUUAAAACUACUGAUCGACUCAUGGGUCUGUUUGAACCAAAGGACAUGAGAUUUGAGGUUUUCCGGAAUGACACACGUGACCCCUCCAUUGUGGAGAUGACAGAGAAGGCCAUUCAAAUUCUCAGCAAGAAUCCCAAAGGAUAUUUCCUGUUUGUGGAAGGAGGGAGAAUUGAUCAUGGUCACCAUGACGGCAUUGCCAAACUGGCACUGACAGAAACUGUGAUGUUCGACCAAGCAGUUCAUCGUGCUGCACAACUAACCAAAGAAUCAGAUACACUGACUAUUGUCACUGCUGACCACUCUCAUGUCUUCACCUUUGGUGGUAACACACCUCGAGGAAAUCCAAUCUUUGGUCUGGCACCAAAGAAAGCUGAUGACAAAAUGCCCUUCACCAGCAUCCUGUAUGCCAAUGGCCCUGGUUACAUCCAUAUAAAUGGAACCAGAGGGAACAUCUCAAUGGUGGAUUAUUAUGAUGAGGAAUACAUGCAGCAGGCUGCCGUCCCGCUCGAUGCCGAGACGCACGGCGGGGAAGAUGUUGCCAUCUAUGCCAAAGGCCCAAUGGCUCACCUGUUCCACGGGGUGAAAGAGCAGAACUACGUGGCACAUGUCAUGGCCUAUGCUGCUUGCUUGGAGCCCUACAGGAACUGCCCUCCUCACCCCUACGUGUCCACCAGCUGUGUGAACACACCAUCAAGCCUCCUGUUUGGCAUAAUUGGCCUUCUCUGGCUGUUCAGAUGA